AUGACAUUCAUUAAGGUUGUACCUUCGAAGCGCAGCAGUGUGAAUGGCAAACUGUGUACCAGCUACAACCGAGGGCUCAUCUCGAAGGCAAAAAUCAAGGCCAUCAAGUACAGCAUUGUAAUCAUUCUUGCCUUCAUCUGCUGCUGGAGCCCAUACUUCCUCUUCGACAUGUUGGACAAUUUCAACCUCCUUCCAAACACCAAGGAACGAUUCUAUGCCUCUGUGAUCAUCCAGAACCUGCCAGCCCUGAACAGCGCCAUCAACCCCCUCAUCUACUGCAUCUUCAGCAGCUCCAUCUACUUCCCCUGCAGGGAGCAAAGAGCACAGGAUUCCAGAAUGACUUUGCGAGAGAGAAGCGAGAGGCAUGAGAUGCAGAUUCUGUCCAAGCCAGAAUUCAUCUAAACCCUGGGACAAUGCCAGUGCUAGGCUGAGCCCUCUCAGCUCUCCUGGAUCUCCAUCACCAGUCUGUGCAUGUGCAUGGAGCCUGAGGCAGCUCCUCCUUCCUAUCCCUGCAUCACCUAGGGGGUGCACAAGGCAAACUUUCUAGUGAGGGCAUGCCACCUUAAUGUAAGCAUUAGCCAACAUGAACUCCUCUAUUCUUUAUGUCAUUUAGGAAAGACACCUCCCUCUUCCUUGCCACUCCCAGAUCUCCUUCUCAUAUCUCAGUGCCAGCAGUGGCUGUAGGUCUUCAUGAACUGAACAGACAGGCAGAAAAAAAUGGAGGGUGAUCUGUGAGUCUUCUAAUUAAAAUUUUGAAAGAAAAAUUGUUUAAAUUAGACUUUCCCCCCAAGUUUUGGAUUGGAUAUUUGCUGGGUGUUUGUCCCUGAAAUGCCAAGAAACUCAUUCCCAGGCACUGGCACUGUGCACAUCCUCUGUGUACAGAAGGAGGUGUUGGCAGCAGGAAGUCCCAAAGCCCGCUGCAUCAACAAGUGAUGUCUGGAACCGACACAGCCCAGCUCCCAGUCCUGCAUAACAAGGUCACUAGGUAACCGUGUUCUCUGAGAAGUUAAAAAUCAUAUUAAAUAGCUAUGGUCCCUUGAUUGUGAAUCCCAGAGAGUUGAGACUUGGAACUGACAGGUCUUUGAGUCUCUCUAAAGGCACCUUUCCCCACAUUCAGUGCUCAAGCCACUCUGAGAUUGAUUUCUCAUACCUAAGGGACACUCCUUCCCCCUUUCACUGGCUGGGAGCAGGGCUCCCAUGGCUUUUCCAGCAUGAUGUUUUUGUAAGCUCUUUAUCUUCUUUGUAUGUUGCAGCCUUUGUCUAUCUAACACCUCUGCUGGGAAGUACUGGUGGAGCUUAUUUUGACAGGUCGGGAGUUUGGUAUUUAUAAGUAUAAUCCAAGUGAAAUAUGACUAAAUGUUUUCCAGUCAGUUUUUUUCUUCAGAUUUUGCCAUAAGUGGAAAUGGGAUAAUUUAAUUUGAUUAUGUGUACAUCCCCACCCACAGCUCUGGGAUGCGCGUGAGCACCUUAUUUUUAGCUUCUCAU